GGGAUAAAUAGCCGCCCGGCAGGGAGCGGCAGGGGAGAGCGGCGGCCGCGGUCCUCGCCGCACCACCCGCCCGGCCUGCCUGGGCCACCGCGCCCUGUGCUGCGCCCCGGCGCCCCCGCCGAGGCCCGUACCCAGGACCUACAGAGAAACAUCUCCUUGAUUUCACCUUACAAUGGAAUUUAAAAAGUCACCUGAUGGUGGAUGGGGCUGGAUGAUCGUGCUUGUCUCCUUCUUUACUCAGUUUUUGUGUUAUGGAUCCCCGUUAGCUGUUGGAGUCUUGUACAUAGAGUGGCUGGACGCUUUUGGUGAAGGGAAAGGAAAAACAGCCUGGGUUGGAUCCCUUGCAAGUGGAGUUGGCUUGCUUGCAAGUCUCGGAUGUGGUUUAUUAUACACUGCAACAGUGACCAUUACGUGCCAGUAUUUUGACAGCCGCCGAGGCCUUGCACUUGGCCUGAUUUCAACAGGUUCAAGUGUUGGGCUUUUCAUAUAUGCUGCUCUGCAGAAGCUGCUGAUUGAGUCCUAUGGACUGGAUGGAUGCCUGCUGAUUGUGGGUGCUUUAGCUUUAAAUAUAUUAGCCUGUGGCAGUCUGAUGAGACCUCUCCAUGCCUCUGCUUGUCCUUUGCCUGAAAAAACAGCUCUGGAAAAUGUACCAGAUAGAUACUCCAUUUACAAUGAAAAAGAAAAGAACCUGGAAGAAAACAUUCUUGAAAAGAGUUGCGGUAGAGAGGAAACCUGCCAGAGCACCUUGCCCAGUGGUGACUGGAAACAGGAGAGUUUACUUCAUAAGAACCUGACAACGGCACACACAAGAGAGACUGAAACCUACAAAAAGAAAGUUGCAGAGCAGACAUAUUUUUGCAAACAGCUUGCCAAGAGGAAGUGGCAAUUAUAUAAAAACUACUGUGGAGAAACUGUGACUCUCUUUAAAAACAAAGUAUUUUUAGCGCUCUUCAUUGCUAUCUUUCUUUUUGACAUCGGAGGGUUUCCACCUUCAUUACUUAUGGAAGAUGUAGCAAGAAGUUCAAAUGUGAAAGAAGAAGAGUUUAUUAUGCCUCUUAUUUCCAUUAUUGGCAUUAUGACAACAGUCGGUAAACUCCUUUUAGGGAUACUGGCUGACUUCAGGUGGAUUAAUACCUUAUAUCUUUAUGUAGCUACCUUAAUCACCAUGGGCCUGGCCUUGUGUGCAAUUCCAUUUGCCAAAAGUUAUGUCACGUUGGCAAUACUUUCUGCGAUCGUAGGGUUUCUUACUGGUAAUUGGUCAAUCUUCCCAUAUGUGACCACAAAGACUGUGGGAAUUGAAAAAUUAGCCCAUGCCUAUGGGAUAUUAAUGUUCUUUGCUGGGCUUGGAAGUAGUCUUGGACCACCAAUUGUUGGUUGGUUUUUUGACUGGACCCAGACCUACGACAUAGCAUUUUAUUUUAGUGGCUUCUGCGUCCUGCUGGGAGGUUUUAUUCUGCUGCUGGCAGCCUUGUCGCCCUGCGAUACAUGCAACAAGCAACUCCCCAAGCCAGCUCCAGUGACCUUUUUGUACAAAGUUGCCUCUAAUGUUUAGGAGAAUAUUGGAAGGCACUACAAGACUGUUUUCUUAUAGCAAAAUUUCACUAUGGCUGACUCUGAAUGAAUUUUUUACAUAUCCUAUUCUCUGUGUACUGUAUACAUAGCCUCUAUUGCCUGUAUUUUUUUUCUCUUUUUUCUUUUUCCAAGAUGUGGGACUAUUCUGUUUUGCUAGUAUUCAUGAGUUCUUGACAUUGUAAAAAUUUUGGCCAGCCUCAGAAGGCUUUCUCUGUGUCAAGAAAUAUAAUUUCUCUGCACACUCCGUUGGUUCCAACGCAAGGCACCCAGAGGGAACUCUUCUGUUUUAUAACUGAUGCGGGCAGCCUGAUGAGAUAUGUAUGAAGGCCGCUGGGGACUAACUCAUUCUCUUUUCUGUUAGACCAGCUAGUAAAUAGAAGACUUCGAGCCAGUCAGGAAGUGAACAUGGUUACUAAAACAGCCUUAAGAAUUGCAGUGGAGCAAACUGAUCCUUUGAAAAAAGAUAUUUUAAAUUAUAGUCACUGGUUUUCAUGAUUCUAAUUUAUUUACCUUGAUGAAGCACCCACUUAUUUGGUGUCCACUGAGCAUAAAUCGUUUCAAUUCCGAAGGAGAUUGCUGAGAUGCAGGCAGUCUCCAAGCAGAGGAGCCGUCGCUGUAGCCUUUCUUCAUGGGUGGCCGCUGUAACCUUGCUCACUUUGUCAGCAUCCGCUAAGCUGUUGUUUCCCAGAAAGUGCUGAUUUUACCUGUUUCCAAAUUGGAAAUGCAUAUUUAAACCAUUCCAUUCUUGGCAAAUGGGAAACAUCCAUUUGCUUCGGGCACAGUGGGGAUGAAUUGCAAGUCCUUGCAUAUCUUCUCGAUGAAGCAUUUAUUUGCUACUAUUAGAUUUUACUGCUAUCAAACCUUAAUUCAAGGACAGAACUAAAAAGUGUGUGUGUGUGUGUGUGUGUGUGUGUAUUGUGCUCUGAGUCUGUGUGGGACAUGGGAAGGGAAAAGGGCAAUAGGAAAUUGAUACCCUAAUCCAACUUCAUUCAAUCUUAAGAAAAAUGUUCUAGGAAGAAAAUCAAUGUUUAAUAAAUUGACAUUUUUCUAAAGAAAUGUUUUUAAAACUUUGCUAUGCAUCAGAAUCCUCUAGAUCCUUUAAAAAAUAUAGUUGCCUGAGUAGCACUCUUAGAGAUUUUAAUUCUGUAGGUCUAGGCCGUGGGCUAGGCGUCCAUAUUUUUAACGAACUCCUCAAGUGAUUCUGAUAGUACAGCCUGGGUUGAGAAUGGCUGUUCUAAGACUGGCAAUAGAGAAACAUUUAUUCUCUUAAAUAGAAAACAAAAACCCAAUAAACCAUUGAGGUAAGGGGUUUUUAAAAAUAGCCAAGUGUGGUUCUUUAAAUUGGAGGCACUCUUCCCAUUGUGCCAAAAUUAUCUUUUCAUUUCUUUUGAAAUAUGUAAGAUUAUUUUAUACUUCUAUGUUGCCUUUCUUCAAAGGCGCCUGAAGCACUUUAUAAGCAUGAGUCCCCACAACACCUCAGUGAGGUAGGUAACUAGCGCUUUUCUAUGCAGUAAACCUGGAGUAUGGGGAGCUUCACGGCUGAGUUAAUCCUACUCCAUAACGCAAUAGUGGGGCUCCAAAGCGCCUUGGACUUCUGCUCCAUACUCAGACUUCUGGAAAGUUUUCUGUACCUCAUUCUUUAGUCACUGUCAAGGCUAGUAAAUACAAUAAGUGACAUUUAAAAAAAUUAAACUAAAUGUUUUUGUGUUGACAGUUCCUUUUUGCCAAUAUUAUACAGGAAAUCGAAUAACCUGAAAAUUUUCACUUUUAUGACAUCUCCACAUUCAUCAAUGUUGACAGCUGUUCAAGUGCAUCUUCACUAUGUCUGCUAAUGUCGUCCGAUGUGUGCAUUAUCUGUUGUCUAGGGAAUGAGUUUUAGGUGAUAAUAAAAUAUUUUUUGUUUGUUUUGCAUCCA